UUAUCGCUUUCAUUUGAACUGUAAAUUACCGCUAGCGUAACUACGGACUUCCAACAUGCCCAUGAGUGUAUGUACAUAUAUGUACGUAUAUGUAGACUUCUAGACAGUCGAGACAUGUAAUUUUAUAUCGUUUGGAAGUUGAUCCGUAUUAGUGCUUACACGGGUGAGCAUUAUAGACUAAUCUGCGUUCGCCAUCGAGCCAUAAUUAUCCGAUAAUGAAACAUGGGGCUCUACUCAAACGAAGCGUGGGACUGGCGGCGUAACGCAUUCUGCCACCGAAAGACUGAUACCCGUUGCUGAUAGCUGAACCCGAAUCCCAUUCAAAGGCGAGCCAGGCAUAAUAUUGCCAAAAUUGAUAAGCCGUAUCAUGUCAGUGUUAGUAUAUCAGUAUAUCGGUGCUACCAAUUAUUUUUGCUGACCAUUCGCUGACAAUUGCUCGCUAAGUUAGUCUUUUUCGGGAACGCACAAGCUUCGGUACCAUCGAAAUACGUUUGAAAAAGAUGCAAAAGAAAGUCUACACUAAAUAGCAAAUAGCAAAAUGUUGCACAAUCGUUGUCGGAGCGUAAAGAGAAAGUGAUUAAAAUGUCCAGCCCAUUUGCAAACAAAAAGAAUUGAACAAAGAACCUUUAUUAUUUAUAUAUAAGAGCAACUAUAAUUGAAUCAACCACUGCGAGAAUGUACGAGUAUGUUUGGUCAUUGAAAAAGUAAAAACUUGCUUUCGACAAUCAGUAAUUUGUGGGUUCUGAUAACGGCGAUAAUUAAUAGGCCUAUAAAAUGCCUUCAAUAUUCAUAUUAGAAGUGUUUCUCGUUCUGUCUCUGCUACGGGAAAAUGCACAAGUAAUACAUGCCAUCGAGCUAUCAAAUUCCGAAGGGCAGCAGAUUAGGAGCGAGGAAAGUGGAGAGUCCACUGCGGAUGCGGAUCUAAAGUCUGCUUUGCUCAAAUACGAUUCUGAUGACGGCAAUAGUUGUCUCUUGGAUAUCAUCAAGGAAGAUGUGCUCUGGUGGACAUUCCCAAAUGGAACCCUGAAGCGACUGAAUGGAAAAUACUCACCAUAUUUAUAUUUGGACCUAUCGCAUGGCAACAUGAAGGAAGACAUUGACUUGUUCCAACAAACCAAACUAUCAACAAUUCCGUUUAACACAAGGAAAGUUGAAGUUUUUUCGGCUGCCUUCAACACUCUCAACGCAGUCCCCUACCAGGCCCUGUACUCUUUAAAGGACUCGUUGAAGCUUUUAUCUUUGCGGGGAAACAAAUUCGCUGACCUACUGCCGGAUGCUGAGGCCUUUGAGCGGUUUUUGAAUGAAACUCGUUUGGACUCCAAUUACACUACACAACACAAAUGCGAGCAGUUUCUUGCAUCAAAUGCCACUGAUCUGUAUGAUCGAGAGUGCUUUCUAUACAUACACAACAACACGAACACGAGCAACGCCAAUAUGGCCCCAAAGAAUGAUAAAACCUAUGGGGAUUACAUUCAGUUCCUGAGAGAGAAGGUUGACCUUCUUGAUAAGUCGCAGCAAUCCAUUGCAUGGGCCACCUUUCCGAAUCUAACGCGACUUGUGGAACUAGACAUCAGCAACUGCAGCAUUGAGUAUGUGGAGAAGGAAGUCUUUAAGAACCUCACCAACUUGAAGAGGCUCUUCAUGUCGGACAAUAAAAUAAUGACUAUUCAACAGGAUACGUUCUAUUAUAUUCAGAGAGUGCAAUAUUUGGAUAUUUCCUUCACCAACGUACUGACGUAUAGCUACCAAAUAUCUAUGCCCACACUUGAAAUGGCCAUGAGCCUUAUAUACGGCCUAAAGAUACAGCAGAACGCUUUUAAACUUUUACCGGAAUUGGUGUACCUGGAUGUUUCCCACUCUAAAAUGACCCGCAAUAGUGCCGUGGCAUUUGCUCAUUUAGGGCCAAAGCUUAAGUUUCUCAGCUUGUGCUACACGGCCAUUCCCAUGGUGAGCAGCGCUAUUUUCAAAAACACCGCCCUGGAAGGGCUUGAUUUGUCGGGGAACCCCUUCGUGUCGAACAACAUCUUAGAUGACGCAUUCGAUGGGAUUGCCAGAACGUUGAAGUACCUUUAUUUUGAACACUCCAACCUCAAGGAUAUGGAGUGGGCCAGGCCCUUGAAGAACGUGCAAAUCCUGGGUCUGGCUGGUAACAACAUAAAUGCUUUGUCUUCGACCAUGUUUGAGUCGCUGAAGAGCUUGGAAAUCCUCGAUUUAAGCUCAAACCACGUUGGGAAUUGGUAUAAGAGCGCUUUUGACAAUAAUUUCGAACUGCGUGUGCUAAAUCUUCGCAGUAAUAACAUCAAUGUCCUCACAAAUGAGAUGCUCAAGGACUUUGAACACCUGGAGUACCUCAGUCUCGGCGACAACAACUUCAUUUGCAACUGCCACCUGAGGGAAGUGGUCGAGGUGGCUGCGGGUAACAACAAGGAAGCCGACUGCUCGUACAACCUGCUCAACAUAAACACCGCAAAUUCGUUGAAUAUCCAAAAACUGCUGGGUACCGCAGAAACUCUAAAUAUUGAUCGCAAGCUCUGGCAGAGCCGAUUUCUGCCACAGUUGACGAAGAGCUACAACAACAUUAAGGACUAUAAGCGCGUGAACAAGAUUUUUAAACUGCGAUUCAUAGCUGAAGGGUAUAAUGCCUCAAGGUGUCCCGCCUCGACCCCCUACCAGAUGUCUGAGUUAAGCAGCGAACUAGUGACCUUAAAAUUUCAGCUGCUUGACUAUGAUGCGACACAAUAUUGGUGCUUCAAUGACACCGAUCAAUUGCAGGUGGAGGAGCUGAAUUGUCAGGUUCGAACCAUGACUGAGAUCGCGACGAAAUUGCACAACCUUACGACGACGGUUAUAGCGGUGGUUGCCAGCAUCCUUGGCCUGUCCAUUUGUGGCUUCAUCAUCUAUCUGAAGCGUUGGCAUAUACACUACUACUACUCGUCGCUAAAGUCCGCAGCCCUUCUUUCCAGCGCAUCUAAAGAGUCCGUGGACAGCCUUACGCAUUUGUCCCAACGUGAUCCCAGCGCGGUCUACGACAUCUUCAUCAGCUACUGCCAAAACGAUCGAACGUGGGUGUUGAACGAACUGCUGCCUAAUGUCGAGGAAGCAGGAGAUAUUUCCAUAUGUCUUCAUGAAAGAGAUUUUCAGAUCGGAGUGACUAUACUGGACAACAUUAUCUCAUGCAUGGAUCGUUCGCACUCAUUGAUGCUGAUUAUAUCCUCCAAGUUUCUACUCAGCCACUGGUGUCAAUUCGAAAUGUAUCUGGCCCAGCAUCGCAUCUUUGAGGUCAGCAAAGAGCAUUUGAUCCUCGUAUUCCUGGAGGAUAUACCGCGUAGCAAGCGCCCGAAAACCCUACAAUAUUUAAUGGAUGUAAAAACCUAUAUCAAAUGGCCAGUCGGCAAAGGCGACGAAAAACCAAAGCUGGAGGAGCGUAAACUAUUUUGGAAACGCUUAAGAAGAUCGCUGGAAGUCAUUGGCAUCAGUAGUUCGAAAGAGAGAGCUUGAGGAAACACUUACCAUCACAUUCAUUAAAGAGUCCUAGUCAGUUUUGCAAGUACCUGAUAAUAUAUAGAUUAAUACGUUAAACACACUCAAGAUGUGU